AUGCAGGCUCUAGCAGUCAUCAUCAUGUGUGAACAAUCCAAUGAAUGUAGAAAGAUGUAUAUCCAUGAUAGAGGAAAGCUUGGAUACUUAAUUGGCAAGCUACCCAAGCCUGACAUCGUAGACCAAGUUACCCUUGAUGCUGCCUGGUUAAUACUGAAUAAGUCAACUCCUGAGAAAUUUGAUGUCCUGAAGGGUCAGUUAAAUGGCAUUACCUCUGCUGUCAUCAUGACGGUUGAUGCCAUCUCGCAUAUUUUUCACAAGGCUGUUUUAGAGCCAACAUUUUGCCCCAUGUAUGCUCAGCUGUGUUCUUACCUGAAUGGAAAUCUGCCUCCAUUCCCAUCUGAGGAACCUGGUGGGAAAGAAAUCACCUUUAAGAGAGUACUAUUGAAUACUUGCCAGGCGGCAUUUGAAGAUGCAAAUUAUACGAGGGAGGAACUAAAAAUGAUGACUGCCCCUGAGCAGGAGAUGGAGCGUAUGGACAAGGAAAGGCUGCUCAAGCUUAGUGCUCUAGGAAAUAUCCGGUUAAUUGGUGAGCUAUGGAAGCAGAAGAUGGUUCCUGAAAUGGUUGUCCAUUACAUUAUUCAGAAGCUGUUAGGAUACCCAGACAGCAAGUCUGGUCCUGUAGAGGAAAAUGUUGAAGCCAUAUGUCAGUUUUUCAUUACUAUUGGCAAGCAUCUUGAUGAAAGUCCUAAAUCACGGUCUAAAAGUGAUACUUACUUUAUUCGAUUGAAAGAAUUGAGCUCAAACCUACAACUUGUACCCCGGCUUAGAUUCAUGAUUCAGGAUGUUAUAGAGUUGCGUGCUAGUAACUGGGUUCCUAGAAGGGAAGAGAUUAGUGCCAAAAACAUUACUGAAAUUCAAUCAAAGGCAGAAAAUUUUUUUGGUUUGCGACCAGUUGCCACCGCAAGUAUGAAAAAUACACGUGGCAGUGUUCAAGGAAAUGUCAUCCCGGGGGGCUUCGCUAUUGCUCGACCUGGUACGGGGAGUUUGAUGCCUGCAAUGCCAGGAUAUAGGAAGAUACCUGGGAUGUCUGGAUUUGAUAACAACAAUUGGAAGAUUCCUAAGGCUAGAUCUCUGCCUAAAGGAGACUUCUCAGGUGUUCAGUCUGCAUCAUCCACCAACACUUUACCUUCCAAUUCCACAACCGUGAAUCCAAAAUUGCUACCUCAAGGAAGUAGUGGUAUUACAAGUGGAAGAAAUAGUGCCCUAGUACAUGGAGGUGGUACAUUUUCUACUCGCCCAACAAACUAUGGUUUAGCUCCUGACACAGAACCUCAAUUCUCAUCACCUGCUAAAACAGUUGCUCCUGUUCCAGUAUCCUCUGAGAAGCCACAGGCACCAGCUGGUGGAUUGAAUACUGAUGUUCUUUGCCGCAGAACUCUCUCUCUUCUAGAAGAAUAUUUCAGUGUUCGACUUUUGGAAGAGGCAUUACAGCGUGUGGAGGAAUUAAAAUCUCCUUCUUACCACCCUGAGUUUGUUAAGGAAGCCAUUUCCCUUGCACUUGAUAAAAGUCCACCAUGUGUUGAACCUGUAGCCAGUCUCAUCGAGUAUCUGUAUGUUAAGAAGAUUCUUACUGCUAUAGAUAUAGGGACAGGCUGUUUGUUGUUUGGUUCUCUGCUGGAUGAUAUUGGCAUUGAUUUACCUAAAGCACCUAGUGAUUUUGGCAUGAUCAUUGGGAAAUUAAUUUUGGCUGGGGGGUUGGAUUUUAAGGUGGUGAAAGAGAUUCUUAAGAAGGUGGAAGAUGACAUGUUUCAGAGAGCAUUAUUUGAUAGUGCGGUAGGGGCCAUUAAAUCUGCAUCAGGACAAGCUGUGUUGGAUUUACAAACAUCUGAUAUUAAGGCCUGCCAGAGUCUGCUCAAGUGA